AGUAGGAGGUGAUACUGAGAGGACAAGUACUAAACAAGAUCUUCAAGGACAGAGACAGACAGGCAGACAAAAAAGGAAGUGAGAUAUAUCGGUUCUAUAAAGCUUUGACAUCCAGAGGACAUCACCUGUUUCUUUAAAGAAAGCGUACCAUUUGGGGAGUUACCAUGGAAACCAGGAUGGUGAUGAAGCGAGAGCAGGAGGAGCAGUCGUCCCAGAUGUCUCACAGCAUGCGACUGUCCUCCCAGAUAAAGAAGAAGACCUUCACUUCCAGCGAAGAUGAAGCCUCCUACUCUGAUUUCUAUCCCAUCAUCCCGGCUGACCUGAUGUCCGUCAAGGAGAUCCUGAACAUGGACAACUUCCCCCGCCACAGGACAUGGGACAUCCUGAAGGAAACUCUGGAUGCUGAUGAAGAGUAUCACAGAGACAAGUGGACCAUGUUUGGGAAUGAGGCUGAGAAGGUAGAGUUGGAUGUGAUCAGGAACCAGCAUCUGUUACGCACACGCGUUGACAGAAGGGCCCUUCGCAAUCAG